AUGGCUUGCACUGAGAUCCUCGAGAAGAUGACGGCUGUUCACUGCGGUGAUCCGAAGGAUAUUGCAGCUGCCCAUGUCCACGAUAAUCGCGAUGAUGCCUUUAGUUGCGGAAGACAAAGGGUGGAGUAUCUCUUGAAACAGGCGGAUCAGUAUGACAGGCAUGACUUUCUGCUCAAUACUUCGGCCAAUGUCAAUCUUGCAAAGAAUGCUAUUCGUGAGACAUUCAAGGUUAAGAGCACACGGAUCCUAGACCAUGAAACAUACAAGACGGGUUUCUUUGUGUUUGCGUCCAUGCCUUGCAAAUGCGGUCUAAGGUUGUUUGAUGCUAUUUUUGCGUUCAUUUUAGGCCUGGCCAUCUAUCAAGGCUUCGUAUGGACAAGAAAUCUGGAUACAGAUGCUGGCAAAAUUAACAGCCGCAACAUAUUCAUUGCUUACAUCGUGAGCACUGGAUAUUGUGAACUUUUCUUCUCGUUCGCGGGCGUGAUAAAAACUAUUGAGGACCUGCUGCUUCAAGAUCGAUUCAGGGCCAGGUUGCACCGAUCAGUCAAACACACCAGAGAUCAUGUCGCUCGUCACAGAGAUGGCGAGGGGCCUCCUCAGCUAGAAGAAGGCGCAUCGGCAAACAAUGCAGCAGCGCCAAUCGAAAGCAUUCAUACAGCAUCGCAAUCUCAGAACACCGCUGAUCGAAGCUCUUCUAGUGGCAUUGUAGCUGCGCUAGAAGCAGCCGCAAAGGCGCAUAUCCUCAGCGCUGAAGCAGACCGUCGAGUCGCUUCCGAGUAUGCGAAGUUGUCCGAGCCACAAGAGGGUUAG